AUUAUGGAGAAAGCAGAAGGAAGAAACCAAACACCCAUCAUGGAAUUCAUCCUCUUAGGAUUUGGGAAUGUCCCUGAAAUGCAGCCCCUUCUCUUCCUCGUGUUUCUUGUGAUCUACAUUGUGACUGUCUCUGGGAACAUCCUCAUCAUAGCGCUGGUAGUGACUGAUCAGCACCUUCACACCCCCAUGUACUUCUUCCUGGGGAAUUUGUCCUGCUUGGAGGCCUGUUACGCAUCAACUAUCCUCCCCAGGCUGCUGACCGGUCUAGUGACUGGGGAAAGAACCAUUUCUGUUAAGGGCUGCAUUGCGCAAUUAUAUUUCUUUGGUAUCCUGUCAGCUACAGAGUGUCUGCUGCUCACGGCAAUGUCUUAUGACCGGUAUUUAGCGAUAUGCAAUCCACUCCGUUAUGCUGCUCUGAUGAAUGCCAGGGUUUGUUUCCAGCUAGUGGCAGGGUCAUGGAUAAGUAGCUUUCUGGGAUGCACCAUAGUAAAUAUUUUCUUGUUCCAAUCAACGUUCUGUGAUUCAAAAGAAAUUGACCAUUUCUUUUGUGAUUUUUCGCCUAUGAUAAAGCUGUCCUGUGGCCACAACCAGACUCUGCAACUAGUGACAUUUACUAUCGCUGCCAUAGGUACAUUUGUGCCCUUUCUACUGACUCUGACAUCCUACAUUUGUAUUAUAACCACCAUCCUGAGAAUCCCUUCCGCCACUGGGAGACAAAAGACUUUUUCCACCUGCUCCUCUCAUCUCAUUGUGGUUACAGUUUUCUAUGGGACCCUGAUUACUGUCUAUGUGGUUCCAACAGCCAACACUCCCAAGGUCCUACAGAAAAUAUUCUCUGUCUUCUAUGCAGUCCUGACUCCCAUGAUCAAUCCUAUCAUUUACAGCCUGAGAAACAAGGAGGUCAAUGAAUCCUUGAGAAAAGCUUUUCAUAAACUAGUUGCUGUCAGAAACAGGCAUAGAAUCUGA